CCUAUUUAUGUUCAUACAGGUCCAUCAGGUUAUCAACCUCAAUAUUAUCAACAACACCCUCCUCAACAAUGGAAUCCUGCGAAUAUGCAAAUAUCUGAAAGUCGUCCAAUGUUACCUCAACCAAGUGCACCACCACAAUCAGAUCAAUAUUAUCAUACUGAACAUCCACCUCCACCAUAUGAAAAACUUUAUACAGGUGUAUAA